CAAGCAAAUACGAAAGCGAUAAGUCAAAAUUUAGUCAACUUCGUUGCUUAAGUUAAAGAAUAUUUGUAAAUUUUUGACUGUUUAAGUGGAAGUUGGUGGUGACAAGUGCAACUGUUAUGCACAGCUGAGAUUGCGAUGAAAAGACACAUCACUCAGUUUUUCGGAAAUAUUAGUGUAAUUACAUGGCAAAUAAAUAAAUAUUUGGUUUAAGAUGAUACUUUUUCAAUAUAUGGUCUCUAAAUGUAUUCUACUAAUUGUACUUUGCGCAAGCUCUUUGAUGAGCCACGAGGCAAAGGAUUUCGAUGAUUCUGUCCUGUAUAAAAUUGAAUUUGAUGUCCCGGAUUUAGAAAAAGACCAAGAUUUAAAGAAUCAACUGCGAACCUUCUACACUCAUGAUCACGAAAAGUAUGACUGUGUUAUCCCUGUUGUACAGGACAGCAAAGAAGAGCAAACUUCUGAGGAACCUGAACUGUCACCAUUAACAUUGCUGCAACCUUUGUUCUCAACCCAAAGUUGUUCAUACAGAAUUGAAGCUUAUUGGUCUUAUGAAAUUUGCCAUGGACAACAUGUGCGACAAUCGCACGAAGAAAGAGAAGGGAAAAGCGUAAAAUUACAAGAAUAUUAUUUAGGCAAAUGGUCGCCGGAGAAGACCGAAGAACUUACAAAAAUAUGGGAAAGUGAUCGCAAGGCAGGCAUUAAAUAUAAAACCACCAAAAUUGAGAAUACCAGAUAUCCAUACUUUGAACUGGAAAUGUCCGAUGGCACUAUGUGUGACAUUAUUGAUUCACCACGUACGACACGUGUUCGCUAUGUUUGUUAUCCUCACGGCAAGAACGAGAUAUAUUCAUUUAAAGAAACAUCUUCCUGCAAUUAUGAAGCAAUUAUUCUUACAUAUAUGCUUUGUAUGAAUCCUGCUUUCCACCCCGAAGAAUUGAAAGAGGUUUCUAUUAAAUGUUUUAAUGGGCUUACCGAUGUACAUAAACCACUAAGUAUGUUACGGCAAGAGCUUAGUGAAAUGCAAUCAGCAGAUGAUGAACUUCGCAUAUCGAAUGAUGCGAGCGCCGCUGCAAUGGCUUUGGCACGUUCAGCCGCAGCAGCUGAACGUUUAUCUUUCUUCAACAAAGUCGGACCGGAUGUUGAUAAGCUUGUUCACGAGUUAAUGAUUGGUGCUGGUGUUGAUGUACCUACGCCACCAGCAGCCGAGAAUGAAGUUUUGCCAAAUCUACCAAAAGCACCUAUUACGGACUUAACACCAAUAAAAGAAUUCAUAUCGGGUAAUAAUUGCUUGACUGGGGGUACUGGUUGGUGGAAAUAUGAAUUUUGUUACGGUCGUCAUGUACGCCAAUUUCACAAAGAUAAAAAAUUGGAGUCGGAACUAUUUUUGGGGUACUUUUCCGAAAGUUCACAUCGUCAGUGGUUGGCAAAAAAUUUGGACAAAAUGCCAAAACGUGGUGGUUAUUCCACAGCUCUUUGGCAUCACUAUGAUCGGGGUACACAUUGUGAUCGUACGGGUGCUCCGCGCGAGGUGGAUGUUAAAUUAAUGUGUACUCCGAUUAGUAGUAGUUCGAGUUCAGUUUCCAUAUAUUUGUUGGAACCAAAGACAUGCCAGUACAUACUUGUAGUAGAGUCGCCAAUUAUCUGCGAUCUGAUGCAGUUAGCUGAUGAAUACGGCUUAGUGCAGGAAGACAAUUUACAACAACUGCUUCAAAAAAACACAUUGUCAAAUGAAGAAACUACAAAAGAGUCAUCUACGACAACAGCCAAACCUGCCGGUGAAGCUGAAGCCGUAGAGAUAAAUAAUGUGUUACCCGACGCAGUAAUACCACAAGAUGUGCUUGCAUGAAAACUAAUAUUUAAUAUGUAAUCAUAAAUAUGUAGUACUACAUUCUGAUUGAGUGAUAUGUUAAACAAUUUUCACCAUAAUAGCUUAAUAAUUAAAAUUUUAAUUUUUAAAAUUAGAAAAAUAUUAAAUUUUAUACCAAUUCAAAUUAAGAGUACAUUGGCGGUGGAAUUUCAUCUGGACCAAUUUCUUUUUUAUGUCCCCUUGCGAAACUUUGUUGAUCGGAAUGUAUUUCUGCAAUUACUUCUGUAAAUAAUUUGUCCCAUUCCCAUUCUUCGUCCGGUUCAUCUAAAGUUUCGGGCAAUUUUAAACAGCGUGUCAAAAUUGUAAGAUCAAUAUUUUCCAAUGAAGCAAAUGCGCUCUGAUUCAAUAAAUCCGAAUUGAUUUCGCUCAAAGUGUUUAAACGUUGAGGGUUAGAACUGUAACGGAAGCCUUGUCAAUAUAUAAAUUUUUAUACUUUUUGCUUGUGUACGAACAUAGGUGGUUCAACAAUUUCAUUAAGUAAAAUUUCAUCUUUUAAAUCGUCCAUGUCCGGAAUAGUCGGUAUUUCAUCUCGCGGCGGUGAGCCGACAGGAGACUUUGCGAGAGACACACUUUGAAAGCGUUCACUAAAAGCGAACGCAUGAAAAUAUCAAUAAAAUUAUUUUAUAACUUAAAUAUGUAAAUGUGUGUGUGUUAAUUCUUUUCAAACUCACUCAUCAAAUGAGGCUCCCUUUUUGGACCUAAAAUAUAAUUGUAUAAGAGAUAAGAUAAAUAAAAGUUUUUAUUUGGCCCAA